AUGGAGAGGUCUUUAGGCCCAUUCUCUGCGUGCAACCAGAAGUCGCCCUCUUACGCCCAAGCAGCGAGCAAGUCGCCGGUCUACGCUGGCUCCGGCAAGCUCGAGGUGUAUUUUGAUGAGAGCAACUACGAUGGGACGCGAGACGACAAGGGGGCCGAGAUUUGCCAUUUCGAUUCUGGCAAAACCAACGAGAUUCUGAAGAAUGAAGGCUGUCAGGGAUUUGCCCUCUAUGUUCCCAGCUCCUCCUUCCCAACCGACAAGUCAACAGUUGUUGCCCAGCAGUUCUGCCCGGGGGGGUGCUCGAGCUGGUGUGGAACUCUUACCAUCACGAGCAAUCAGCUGGUCGUCGAUCAUCGUUCAUCCUGCGAAAAUCCUACACAGCAUGUCAUCGUGAGCUCCACUGCGCGGGAUACUUGGAACAGUGUCAUCGUCCGCUUCAAGGUCUCCGCAGCAGAAAAGGGCGCGUAG